GUCGCGAGGUAUUUGCCGGCCCUGGCCGAGAGCCGAGAGGAGAAUUCGCCAACGACAUAUUCGUACCCUGCGCGUCCCCCUCCCUCCCCCGGUCGUCGUUCGCGCGAAAUACGUAUGUAGCUCGCGGAUCCGGAUCCCGCGCAUCAUCUCCGCGUCUCGUUAUUCGAUCCCCCUUCGCGAAGGAACCACCGUAUCCGCGUGCAGAGUGCGAGCCUCGAAUCACGGAACGGCGCUCACUCGCUCCCUCAUUCCUUCGGCGCCGCCGAGUCGAAUGGGAGCGAGAGUGAGAGAGAGAGAGAGAGAGAGAGAAAGAACGAACGCGACGACCGACGAUCGUUUCGCAGUGCGGCGGGUGCGGCGCGAGGAAGGGGAGGAGGGAGGGCGCCUCCCCGUGUUCCGUGCGUGUGGGUGUGCGUGUGCCCGUGGGAUAGGUACGUCGUCGCCGAGUGACAGAAAGGCGGAACGAUUCGAGAAUAAUCCCGAAUAAAAGAGAAAUCUCGUCCUCUGUUUAUCCCCCUCGAUAUCGAGUAGCGUGCUGAAGUGCGCGAGUGUGUGUGUGUGUGUGCGCGAGCGAGCGAGCGAACGCGAGAUAGCGAGGAGGAAAAAGAGGAAACGUGACGCACGGGCAAAUGACAGCGAAGAGGUGAGGAUCAAUGUGCCGUGAUGGCUGAGGAGGAGCUGCUGGUCACCCUGUGCCGCGGCGACUCCGGUGGCUCAUUCGGCUUUUCGUUGCUCGGCGCCUCGGCGGGCCUGCCGGCCGCCCACGUCAUCUACGACAUCGUCGAGAAUUCACCGGCGGCCAACAGCGGCAAGGUCGAAGCAGGUGAUGUCAUACUCAGGGUGAACGAAGUUGAUGUCAACCGAUUCAGUACGAAAGAAGUGUUGAAAUGUUUGCGGCUCUCUUCGGAUCCUGUUACUCUAAAACUACGGAGGGAUCCUGCGGUGAAGGCGCACGUCCGUCGCCUCCUUUCUCCCGGACAAGCCUCAAAUGACGAAGACAGAGAAUCCUCAAAUGCCAUCUUGACGAAUAACCCCAGGAAUGUCCCAUCUUCCGGCAAUGUAGAAAACAAGGAGUUCGGCAAGACGCCGGAAAUGUCCGCGGACUCGUCAAUACCAGUGGCAGCAACGAGAAGCAAUGGCUCGUCCAGUGAUGCCUCUCUCUCGUCGGAAUUGGAGGCGCUCUUGCCGCCCGUGGACAACUUUAAGGAAGAGGAGCGAACCCAAUGGGAACCUCUUUGCGCUGAGAAAUUUCCUCGGCAAAAAAAUACGCCCAGGUUCGAGGCAUACAUGAUGACUGGCGACCUAAUGUUGAACCUUUCGCGCACGCAGCAGAGCAGUAAUCUUCUACCCAAGCAGCAUCAACAGCGCAAGAUCGACUCCCUUAGGUACAACCCCAGUCACCAAUACACUACCACCACUGUCACUACCACCAGUAUUCAUCAUAAUCACAACCAUCACCACCAUCAUCACCAUCACAACUCUGUACCCAACAGUCCCAAUGAGACUCAGCUGGCCUAUCAGUACCACCAUCAUCAUCGAGGAAGUACCUACAAAGCUUCCAGUUCAGCCAGCACAUCACCCGUGAGUGUCGCAAGGCGCGAUGGAAUGCAAAGCACCUCGGGAGCCCUAGUUCAGGUCGAUCCUAGCAAGAAUACUCCUUCGAGCUUCGGUUUCGUUCGUACUUCACGAUCGGAGGAUCAUCUACAGUUCCAGAAAGAUCCCUCGAUGAGCGCUGUGGAUAUCGAUAUCGACGACGAUGUCACCUCGAGUUUGAAUACGCUGUUAGACCCACGACCAGAAGGCCUGAUGCCGAAUGAACGUAUCGUCUGGACCUACAAUGCACCUGUCAGUUCGCCAGCCGCUUCCUGUUGUCAAAAUGGCGGUUCUUCAUCCUCGUCUUCCUCCUCCUCAUCCUCUUCGAGUCCUCAGCGUUCUUUAUCUCCCGCCUCUCCUACCUCCGUCUCAUCCUCUGUCAUGUCCUCCAACUCUGGCUCCCGCAGGUUUCCGUUGGUGCAAACAGUUCCUGGGAUCUCCGGCGCUCCAGGAAGUCAUCUUCCCGCUAAUGGUGAUCUCAGCCAGUCAGAGGCCAUCAGCAACAUGUCCAGCCCGGAUUAUAAUGACGAAGAAACGAUGGAUAUCCUCAGCGCGAGGGAUAUCAUGAUGGUUAGCGAUCCCAGCGAUAGCGAUUCUACCAUCUUGGCGAGUGAACCUCCUCAGAGGAGAUUGAAGGCUAAUCCUCAGGAUGCUGGAGAGCAUAGGAUAGUGAUCCAGGUAAAGGGGCCGGAUAAGGAGAGCCCAAGAAAUACGAGCCCUAGACAGGCGAGAAGAAGAGGGAAUCCCGCCGUGGAAUUAACGCCACCUAUUACAUCCCAAAAUUUGCAAAGAAAUCAAUCUGGAGUUACGGGAGUUCCCAACAACACUGCAGGAUCCAUGGCACCCGAAUGCGUAGGUUAUCAGGAAUUGAAGGAAUGCGAAGAUGAAAAAGAGGCUCUAAUCAGUGGAACGUGUGAAGAGCAGAAGGGACAUGGAGGUGCGUCGCCGCCACAAUCAGCAGACGAAGAAAGCGACAUUGAAAGUCUGCAUAGUUUUCACUACAGCCCGAAAGCAGUUGAUUUACCUUCUGCUGUCCGACUAGCCAAACGUCUCUAUUCUCUGGACGGUUUCAAAAAAUCCGACGUUUCCAGGCAUCUAAGCAAAAACAACGAUUUUAGCAGAGCUGUGGCAGAGGAAUAUCUGCGUUAUUUCAAUUUUGAACGGGAUACGCUGGAUGUGGCUCUUAGAAAGUUUCUCGCUCAAUUCUCUCUAACAGGAGAAACCCAAGAAAGGGAGAGAGUUUUGGUACAUUUUUCCAAAAGAUAUCUGGAUUGCAAUCCCGGUAGUUUUAAUUCCCAAGAUGCGGUUCAUACAUUGACUUGCGCGAUAAUGUUGCUCAACACGGAUUUGCAUGGUCAAAAUAUCGGUCGAAAGAUGUCUUGCUCGGAAUUUAUCGAGAAUCUGUCGGAACUUAAUGACGGUGAUAACUUUCCGCGCGAGGUACUUAAGCAGCUCUACAACGCUGUCAAGUCCUUUCCGCUCGAGUGGGCCUUGGAUGAAGAGGGAGAUGAAACGACAAACCAGAUAAUUCAGCAGAGCGAUGGUACAACGGCAAUCGCCGGUACCGGAAAUCCGUUUCUCGAUGUGCCAAAUGUAACGGGCGCCACAGAAUUCAAAAAAGGCUACGUUAUGCGAAAAUGCUGUUACGAUUCCAAUGGCAAGAAAACUCCAUUUGGCAAACGAGGCUGGAAGAUGUACUAUUGUACAUUGCGCGAGCUCGUGCUAUACUUACAUAAAGAUGAGCAUGGUUUUCGUAACGAUAGCUUACACAACGCUAUACGUAUUCAUCAUGCGUUGGCUACCAAAGCGACAGAUUAUACGAAAAAGCAGCAUGUCUUUCGAUUGCAAACGGCCGACCAGGCAGAAUAUCUUUUUCAGACGAGUGAUUCGAAGGAGCUGCAAUCGUGGAUAGACACGAUUAAUUUCGUUUGCGCCAGCUUUUCAUGUCAGCCAUUAGCGGGUGCCGUCGGUUCUCAGCGCAAGUUCCAGCGUCCAUUGUUGCCGUGUAGCCACACUAAAUUAAAUUCUAGAGAGCAAUUGCGGGACCAUGAGGAUAGGGUUAGCAGAUUGGAGGCAGAAUUGGAUGAACACAGACGGCAUCCUCCAGAAAGAGGCGCGAAAGCUCUCACUGUACAGAAUUAUAAAGAGAAGGAUGCAUAUUUGCAUUAUGAGCUGAAGCGGUACAAGACAUAUGCUUACUUACUUCGUUCCCGACUGGCGUUCAGUGAAGUGGAGCCGUCAUCGCUGGUGGAGAGCAGUAUUGGCGAGGUGGAUGAAGGCGCUCUUCUUGGAUCCUCUGGAGCUAUAAUAAAUGCGGAAGGGGCUCUAGUGCCGCCACCGGUUCCGGAACGGUCGACAGCAGCUAAUAGGUAUAGUUAUCGGACCGCCAUUUACAGCGGUGGCGGUGGCAGCGGUAAUCGCAAUCUGUUGAACGGUGGUCAUCAAGACUAUAAUGCAACCAGUGGUAACAUUGGUUGACGCGAUGCUUUCGGUUUGUGCGGGUUAAUCUGACCCCGGUGUUGGUGCUGGUGUUGGUGAUGCUAAUGUUGAUGACUAACGAUAAACAAGAGUGACGCAAACUAACGAUAUACGGCGUAUUGCGCAUUUAUUCUAAUGGUAUAUUAAGUGAUAUACCAUAUUCAGUGGUGCAACUAUUAAAUCAUAUUGAACUGAUAAAAUAAUACUAAACUGAUCUUUCAAUAAGAGAGUUAUAAUGACAAAACAUGAGGUAUUAAUUAAGAUAAUUUAUUAAUACGAAUUUAUUUAAUUAUAUUUUUGAUUGCUAAUAUUUUUAUUCUCGUUUUAAUAUUGCAGGAUAAUUUUCAAUUUUUCCGGAAUUUUAAAAUUUUAAACAGGAUUUUAUAUAUUUUUAUUCUAAGAUAAUAUGAAAAUAGCUCUUUUCUAUUUUAUUUGAAAAAUUAAGCAAAGCAGAGAGAAUUAAAAUAUUAGAAUUUUUUUUUAAUAAAACAUUUAAAUUUUUCAAUUGAAAUUGAAUUCUUAAAAAAUAUUUUCUAUUGUAGAAAUUUCUUUGUUAACAAAAGAAAUUUAUAAACAUUUGUGUAUUUAAAUUUAUAAGAGAAUUAAUUCAUAUAAAAAAUGUUCAUAUUUUAAGUUUAUAUAUUUAAUUCUUUGAGAAGAUAUUUUUUAAUUCUUUGUUUAUUAUUGUUAAUAUGUCAUUAUAUAAAUUUUCUUUUUCAUUCUCAUUUUAUAGGAAUUACAUCAUUGAUUCUAUUAUAUUGUUUUUGUAUUUUCUAAUUCCAGUAAUUUGAAAUUGUGUGGUAAUAGAGAGCGAAAUAGGAAUUCCAAAAUUUUUGUUUUGGAAUGUGCAGAAUUAAUGGUUCAAUUUUAUAUUUUUAUUGAUGAAAAUUUUUCCUUUGUUGACGUACCUUGUUGGCCUACGUUUAUCUUCUUAUCAUACUUUAAUAUGCUUUAUUUCUUGUGUGAUAGAUUUAUUUUAUGUCUGAAGUUCUGUGUUGAAAAACAUAAAUGAUAGUGUAUGAUUAAUUAUACGCACACAUAUAUGCAUGAUUAUUUUUAUUUUUUUAAGAUAUCUUAAGUUAAAAUCAUUAAUUGACGAUUAAAUUUAAUUAAUUAAUUGUUUGAAAAUUAAAUAUUGAAAUAUUUAAGAAAAAAUGCUUUUGCUAUGCUUAUGCUAUUGCAUAAAUAUAUCUUAUAAUCAAAAAUUUUUAUUUUUUUAUUUUUUUAUUUUUCUUCUUUUUUUCUUUCUUUUUUUUAGGAAGUAGAUUUCAUUUGAUUCCCAGAAUCAAAUGAAUCAUCAUAUUUCAUCAUUGAAAAUGGUACAUAAAAAGAAUAUCUAAUUAGAUGAUAAACAUAUGUCGCUGUUUCAUCAUAUUGUUAGUUUGCGCAACAAUAUUAAUUAUGCAAACUAAGAAAAAUAUAUUAUAAAAGUUGAGAGAGCGCGCGCGCGCCUGUUAAGACUGGAUAGAGAAAAAAGAUUUCGCGUUCAACUUACUGUCAUAUAGAGUUGAAGAAAAUGUAUCAGCCAUUUUGUGAUUAGAAAAACAAAUUUUACAAAUUUUUUACAAAUUUGUUAUUUUAUUAACAAUUUAACGUAAAUAUUAAAUUAAAAUUUUUAGGUUUAUACAUUUUUCUCAUGUGAUUUUAUAUUUGACUAAUAAUUUGUUGUAAGUGUUUAAUGAUAUUUUAUUAAAAUAUAUAUAUAUAUAUAUAUAUAUAUAUAUAUAUAUAUAUAUAUAUAUAUAUGCAUGUAUGUAUGUAUAAACAUCAUAAACAAUUAUUUUUUUUCCUUUAAAGAGGAAUAUAUCAAUGUUAAGGAAUAAUUUAUUUUAUAAAAUAUAAGUAUGAUUAAAAGCAAAAUUAGCCAUAUUUUUUUAAAUUGAUUAUGUUUAAAUCAAUUAUUUUUAAUACAAUCAUAUUCACACACACACACACACACAUAUUAAUUAUAUAAAAUGUAUAUUUUGUAUUUCAAUAUAACUAAAAUUCCUUUGUCUUCCUAA